AUGGCUGGAGUGACGGGGAAUGGAAGGGUGAAGCCGGGGUGCAAAUCCAGUCAGCGGUCGGGCAACGCCCAGAUGUUCGUGUCCACCGGCGAGGAGAUGGAUGCAGGUUCCGGAGAACUCCUGGGUUGGCAAGACGCAAUCAAUGUAGCCCUGCGGUAUUUCCAAGAGACGUUCCAGGGGAUGCUGGAUUGUGAAGGUGAGACUGGGUCAGAUGGCUAUGGUAUAAGUCAAGAGGAAGGCACUCAGGAUGAUGACGAGAGUGAAGAGUUAGAAAGUUACGAGAGAAGUUUGUAUGGAACUGUCUGCUGCCGUACAAAUGCCAUCUGUGAAGAAAGUCAGCAAGGUGAAGUCAUGUCGGUGAGGAUGUUCAACGUACCUCUCCAGCCCCCACCCGUGAGCAGUCAUCGCCGCCCACCGCACCAUCACCGCCCAACCUCAUCUACCAUCGACGGUCCGUGGAAACCAGCGCCUGAAGCCUGUCCCACCCCCCUCGGCAGCAGUCGCGCCCUUCGUGCAAGAACACAAGACGCGGACGUCCCCGGCUUGGAUCUACAAGAAGGCGAACCGAUUGCUCUGGGUGGUUUUCGCUGUUCGGCCUGUUGUGUGGUGGUGGGAAAGAAAAGUAGUGGGAAAUACAAAGAAGCAGAAAAAGAAGCAGAAAAGGGGAGCUGCGAGAUGUCUUGCCAUGUGAAGAUGAUCCGAGGUGCUUUAUCGCGGUCAGAACCUCGGAAGUCAUUGUCGCAUACACCGUAG